GGCUCCAAAGCUCAUAUGGAGAGGCUGGAAGAGGUGAGCAAAGAGAUCGAAACCACCAGCACCUACCAGCUCAAGGACACAGAGCUCAUCUACGGGGCCAAGCACGCCUGGAGGAAUGCCUCCCGCUGCGUCGGCCGGAUCCAGUGGUCCAAGCUGCAGGUGUUCGAUGCCCGCGACUGUACCACGGCUCACGGGAUGUUCAACUACAUCUGUAACCAUAUCAAGUAUGCCACCAACAAAGGGAACCUCAGAUCUGCCAUCACCAUAUUUCCCCAGAGGACCGACGGCAAGCAUGACUUUCGAGUCUGGAACUCCCAGCUCAUCCGCUAUGCUGGCUACAAGCAGCCUGACGGCUCCAUCCUGGGGGAUCCAGCCAGCGUGGAGCUCACAGAGAUCUGCAUCCAGCAGGGCUGGAAACCCCCAAGGAGCCGCUUCGAUGUCCUGCCACUCCUGCUCCAGGCCAACGGCAAUGACCCUGAGCUCUUCCAGAUUCCUCCAGAGCUGGUGCUGGAAGUGCCCAUCAGGCACCCCAAGUUGGAGUGGUUCAAGGACCUUGGGCUGAAGUGGUACGGCCUCCCCGCUGUGUCAAACAUGCUCCUGGAGAUCGGCGGCCUGGAGUUCAGCGCCUGUCCCUUCAGCGGCUGGUACAUGGGCACAGAGAUUGGCGUCCGCGACUACUGUGACAGCUCCCGAUACAACAUCCUGGAGGAAGUGGCCAAGAAGAUGAACUUGGACAUGAGGAAGACAUCCUCCCUGUGGAAGGACCAGGCGCUGGUGGAGAUCAACAUCGCAGUGCUGUACAGCUUCCAGAGUGACAAAGUGACCAUCGUUGACCACCACUCUGCCACCGAGUCCUUCAUUAAGCACAUGGAGAAUGAAUACCACUGCCGGGGAGGCUGCCCCGCUGACUGGGUGUGGAUCGUGCCCCCCAUGUCUGGCAGCAUCACCCCCGUCUUCCACCAAGAGAUGCUCAACUACCGACUCACCCCCUCCUUCGAAUACCAGCCUGACCCUUGGAACACCCACAUCUGGAAAGGUACCAACGGGACCCCCACAAAGCGGCGAGCCAUUGGCUUCAAGAAGCUGGCAGAAGCCGUCAAGUUCUCAGCCAAGCUGAUGGGACAAGCCAUGGCCAAGAGGGUCAAAGCUACCAUCCUGUACGCCACAGAGACGGGCAAAUCGCAGGCUUAUGCCAAAACCCUGUGUGAGAUCUUCAAACAUGCCUUUGACGCCAAGGUGAUGUCCAUGGAAGAAUAUGACAUUGUACACCUGGAGCAUGAAACUCUGGCCCUGGUGGUUACCAGCACCUUUGGAAAUGGAGACCCCCCUGAGAAUGGGGAGAAAUUUGGCUGUGCCUUGAUGGAAAUGAGGCACCCCAACUCUGUGCACGAGGAACGGAAGAGCUACAAGGUUCGUUUCAACAGUGUUUCCUCCUACUCCGACUCCCGCAAAUCAUCGGGCGAUGGGCCGGACCUCAGAGACAACUUUGAGAGCGCGGGACCCCUGGCGAAUGUGAGGUUCUCCGUGUUUGGCCUUGGCUCGCGGGCGUACCCUCACUUCUGCGCCUUUGGACACGCCGUGGACACCCUCCUGGAAGAGCUAGGUGGGGAGAGGAUCCUGAAGAUGAGGGAGGGGGAUGAGCUCUGUGGGCAGGAAGAGGCUUUCAGGACCUGGGCCAAGAAGGUCUUCAAGGCAGCCUGUGAUGUGUUCUGCGUGGGAGAUGACGUCAACAUUGAGAAGGCAAACAACUCCCUCAUCAGCAAUGACCGCAGUUGGAAGAGGAACAAGUUCCGCCUCACCUACGUGGCCGAAGCGCCAGAACUCACACAAGGUCUAUCCAGUGUCCACAAAAAGCGGGUCUCAGCCGCUCGACUCCUCAGCUGUCAAAACCUUCAGAGUCCUAAAUCCAGCCGAUCAACCAUCUUCGUGCGUCUCCACACCAACGGGAAUCAGGAGCUGCAGUACCAGCCUGGGGACCACCUGGGCGUCUUCCCCGGCAACCACGAGGACCUCGUGAAUGCCCUGAUCGAGCGGCUGGAGGACGCACCCCCGGUCAACCAGCUGGUGAAGGUGGAGCUGCUAGAGGAGCGAAACACGGCUUUGGGGGUUAUCAGUAACUGGACAGAUGAGCAUCGCCUCCCACCCUGCACCAUCUUCCAGGCCUUCAAGUACUACUUGGAUAUCACCACGCCUCCAACGCCACUGCAGCUGCAGCAGUUUGCCUCUCUGGCCACCAGUGAGAAAGAGAAGCAGCGUCUGCUGGUCCUCAGCAAGGGUUUGCAGGAGUACGAGGAAUGGAAAUGGGGCAGGAACCCGAACAUCGUGGAGGUGCUGGAGGAAUUCCCAUCCAUCCAGAUGCCCGCCACCCUGCUCCUGACCCAGCUGUCGCUGCUGCAACCUCGCUACUAUUCCAUCAGCUCCUCCCCGGACAUGUACCCCGACGAGGUGCACCUCACCGUGGCCGUUGUCUCCUACCGCACCCGAGAUGGAGAAGGACCAAUUCACCACGGCGUGUGCUCCUCCUGGCUCAACCGGAUCCAGGCUGACGAAGUGGUACCCUGUUUCGUGAGAGGAGCGCCCAGCUUCCACCUGCCCCGAAAUCCCCAAGUGCCCUGUAUCCUGGUCGGCCCGGGCACAGGCAUUGCCCCUUUCCGAAGCUUCUGGCAGCAACGGCAAUUCGAUAUCCAGCACAAAGGAAUGAGUCCCUGCCCCAUGGUCCUGGUCUUCGGGUGCCGGCAGUCCAAGAUAGACCACAUCUACAGGGAGGAGACCCUACAGGCCAAGAGCAAGGGGGUCUUCAGAGAACUGUACACAGCCUACUCCCGGGAGCCAGACAAACCAAAGAAGUACGUGCAGGACAUCCUACAGGAGCAGCUGGCAGAACCCGUGUACCGAGCCCUGAAGGAGCAAGGGGGCCACAUUUACGUCUGCGGGGACGUCACCAUGGCGGCCGAUGUCCUCAAAGCCAUGCAGCGCAUCAUGACCCAGCAGGGGAAGCUCUCGGUGGAGGACGCCGGCAUGUUCAUCAGCAGGCUGAGGGAUGACAACCGGUACCAUGAGGAUAUUUUCGGGGUCACCCUGCGCACAUAUGAAGUGACCAACCGCCUUAGAUCUGAAUCCAUUGCCUUCAUUGAGGAGAGCAAAAAGGGCACUGAUGAGGUCUUCAGCUCCUAACUGGACCCUCUUGCCCAGGUGGAUGGCAGGGUGACCACACCACUGCACUCGGCCAGGAUGGCUGCAGGUUUUGUAAGCACGGACACUGCUGAACCUUUCCUUGGGGCCCGCACAUGGCCCCCGCUCUGCCUCUUGUCCUGUCUCACCUCUCAGUGGUUUCCUGGCCCUCUUGGGUUUUCUCCUUGAGUUUUCCUGCUGCAGUGCAAUGCCUUCAUAAUCCGCAGUGGCUCUUACAAAACUGUAUCCCUCUCUCUCUCUUUCUGACAAGGGCAAAUCACCAGUGCAUGAAACCACUGGAACAUGGCUGUGGUUCGUGUUAGGGUGUUUUCUGGGGUUUGCCCUGGAGAGGCUGCAGGGACCAGACGGAGGAGUUUUUUGAGCUAGUCCCUCAGCCGUUCAAAUGCCCCUUGUCCUUUUCUAUGAUGACGUUCUGGUUGUGUAUGUGUGAGCGUGUGUUGGGCCUGGGUCUCCCUCCGUCCU